AUGCCUGAAGCUGAAAAACUGGAGACAGCAUCCACUCCGAUGGUCAAGUCGGUCUCUGACUCUACUCUCGAAGCUCAGCUUGAGCCUCCACUCGCACCCACACCCGCACCACCGUCAUUCAAAGAGGGUGGCAUCCGUGGCUAUCUGAUAGUUCUUGGUGCAUUUUCCGCUCUUUUCGCGACAUUCGGCCAGAUAAAUUCCUUUGGCAGCUUCCAGCUGUGGUACUUAGAACAUCAGCUCUCAAAUUACUCCCCGUCUGAUAUAUCAUGGAUCGGCUCGCUUCAACUCUGGGUGUUCUUCUUCUCUGGAGGAAUAAUUGGAAGGCUUUUCGAUGCCUAUGGACCGACAAUUCUGCUCGCGCUCAGAACUGUGGUAUACACGUUCAGUAUCAUGAUGACCUCCCUUGCCUCGCGCUAUUACCAGUUCAUUCUUGCGCAAGGAAUCACCUUCGGUAUAGGAAGUGGUCUCAUUUUCUAUCCUGCUGUCAGUGCUGUUUCGACUCAUUUCGUAAAAUGGAGGGCUACCGCGGUCGGCAUCGUAGUGUCGGGAUCUAGCGUUGGCGGUAUUGUUUUCCCCGCGAUACUACAGCGUCUCUUCAACGAAACCAGUUUUGGCUGGUCCGUGCGUAUAUCUGGAUUCGUCUGCCUCGCUUGUGGCAUCUUCACCACCCUCACGGUGUCAAGCCGUUUGCCACGUCGAAAACCAGGACCGUGGAUCGACCUCUCGUCCCUACGCGACUUCAAAUUCAUGCUCUUCUGUGCAAGUGCUGGAAUGACGUGUUUUGAUCUAUUUGUCCCUUAUUUCUACAUCGUGCAGUAUGCAGGGGCCCACGGUAUUAGCCAGGCACACGGCUUCAACCUUCUCUCUAUCAUGAAUGCAGGCAGCGCAGUAGGGCGCGUGUUCCCGGGCCUAGCUGCAGAUACAGCAGGGAGAUACAACCUGCUCCUCCUCUUAUCAUUCUCCUCGGGUUUAUUUACGCUCUGGCUCUGGCUCACCCAGACGCACUUCCAGGGCCUCAUCGCUUAUGCAGUGAUAUACGGCUUCUUUUCUGGAUCUAACAACUCCCUAAACAUGCCAUGCAUCGCCCAGAUCUCGCGGAUUGAGAAGAUUGGAACGAGGAUUGGGAUGGCUGCUCUCAUCGGCGCCCUGAUCGCUGGUGCGCUUCUGACACGCGCGCACGGGGACUACAACACAAUGAUCAUAUGGACAGGCGUGACCCUGCUCGUGGGGAGUGCCCUGCUGUUGGUGGAGAAGCUUGUCCUCAACAGAAAUCCCCUUGCCAAGGUCUAG